GUGGGCCUUUCCGGCGUACUGGUACAGUCGUGUAACAGCAGAGUGUAACAGGAAGACAACACGAAAGGGGAGAGGAACGCGUAGAAACUGCGUAGACAAACUUGUUAUGAGACACAUUAUUGCUUUUGUGUUCGUCGAUGCGCGAUUUUUCACAACUGCUGAGAUACUCAAAUUAAUCGGCUGAAUACAGCUAUUUUUACUGGGUACGAAUACUCCAGUCAAAGGUUUGGUACACGGCUUACAAACUACGAACGAAUCAUGGAAGCGGUAGCUCUAUGGGACUUCACCGCAAAUCAGCCUGAUGAGAUGAGCUUUCGGAGAGGAGACCGACUCUGUGUUGUGAAUAUGGAGGAAGAUGGCUGGUACAAAGCAGUGUUGGGGCCAAAUUCGGGUUUUAUUCCUGCUGCAUAUAUCAAAAUGGAACCUAAUGAAUGGUUCCAGAACCCAAUGACUCGGGCAGAUGCCGAAGCGAUGCUGCUCAAGAAAAACUGCGUUGGUUCCUUCAUUCACGAGGACGGCAACUUUGUUGUCCGCAAAGCAGAAACAGAUUCAAAUGGGUUUUCUUUAUCCGUGAAGCACGAGGAGUCAGUACAGCACUUCAAAAUUCUCAGGGACGCGAACAACAAAUUUUACAUUUGGACCACUUCUUCUUUCUCCAUCAACCAAUUGGUGGAACGAUAUCGCACUGAAAAUGUUUCUGGUGAUCCCAGGAGGAUAAUGCAUCUAAAGGACAUGAAGCGGGAGUUUUUCAAAGCCAUGUACGACUUUGCCCCAGCCAAUCAAGAGGAGUUGGAACUGAAGAAAGGCGACCUGAUCCGUCUGAUCGCCAAGUCUGACGAGAACUGGUGGGAGGGGGAGAUAGACGGCAGAUGUGGAUUCUUCCCGAAAACUUACGUGAAAGAGGCACAAUAACUUAGUUUUUUCCCCCUCAUUGUUUUUUUUACAUCAUGAGAUGUUUUGUUAACUUAGCUUCUUCCGUCAUCGUUUUUUUAGGUCAUGGGAUUAUUUUUAUUUUAUUUUUUUAAUCGAAUAAUAUUUAAAAGGGAUGCUAAAGGUAUAUUACAUCGUCUGUAGGCAUAUUUUGCCAUGUAAAUGUUCAAGCUGUAUGCUGGUGCUAAUCUUUGAGCCAGUUAAUGUCAUGAGUUUUCUUGUUUUAAUCAAUCAAAUUGGAGAGAAGCUUGAAUUCAAUCAUUUUUUUUUUAGGCUUUAAUUAAAUCAGUUUGUUAUGGCUUGCAUUGCAUUUACUCGUUAUGCCUCUAUGAUAAGUCUUGAGCACAGUUGGAAAAAGUUGAAAGCUCAAACUUAUUAUUGGUGUCGAUAUAAGUACUAUUGUUGUUAUUUUGAUGAUUAUCAUCACUAUUUUUGUAAUAUAAAAUUAUCAACAUUAUCAAGUUAUUAUCUUUUUCUUACCUUUGUAGUAGAGACUUUGCUUUUGUUGCCAGAUUCUAUCUCAGAAUCUGUUGGGUUGGGUUUUUUUAGUUGUUUUGGGGUUUUUUUACUCUCCUUUCCUCUGAAGAUUUGUACAGGAGUGGGAAAGUGUUAGGAGUGUGAAGUUUUUUUUUUCUGACUGACUCAAAUAUCACCUCAUCUAGAUUGUAUAAUGAUCAAGUAAUCUUUUGUUUGUGUGAAAUGCUCCAACUGAUUUUUUAUUUUUGGGGGGGGGGGGGGGGGGUUGGGUUUUUUUCUGUGUUUUUGUUUUUGUAAAAGUAUUGUUCCUCAAACUCUGGAUGCUUCGGAAGUUGAAGCGAUAGGGUAUAUAUAUAUAACAUAUAUGUGUGUGUGACGUGAAAUACAUUUCUGCGUUUUAGGAAAUAUCUAGACGUGAUGCAAACCAGCCAGUUUUUGCUCUGUGUUCGAUACUGUUGAAAAAAGAAUAUCUUAAUCAGCUGUGUGGGGAGUGUUUGGUGAGCUGUAAUUUUUUUUACUUCCUUCCGAAGUUUGAGCGAUAAGGCAAAGUGAAAUGUGUUUUUACGUGUAUUGUGAAGUCUCUAGAGGUGAAGCAAUCCAUUUAAUUUCGCUCCCUUAUGAUGAUGAAAGAAAUCUGCCUGCUGUGUUGGAAGUGGGUGGUGAGAUGUAUGUAUGUACUUUUACUUAUUUUUUUAAAACUUCAAUCAGAAGUUAAGUACUGUGAAAUAUGUUUAUAAUGAAUCGUGUGUCUUGUGAAGUCCUGUAGAGGGGAAACAAUCCAGUUAGAUUUUGCUCCCUUAUUCGAUACUGUUGAAGUAUUAUAUAUGCUUUGGAGGGAGCGUAUAGUGAGAUUAAUUCUCUCUCCCUCUCUCUCUUUCUUUCUCUCUCUCUCUCUUUUUUUUUUAAACUCCAUUCUCUUGUUGACUUGAGAAAUGUUGAAGCAGUACAGCCCUCAUUCCCACCGGAGAGAAAGAAAGUCUGUGUACAUUUCUCGAAAAAAUCUGUAUAAAAUUUGCAUUGCUCUCUCGUUUUCUUUUGUGUAUUAUAUCUGAGCAGAAUGAUCAAGGAGCAAAAAUUUCAUUUUCUUUUUUUUAUAUUUUUUUAAUAAUGGGAUUAUUUGUGAGAAGAAGCUGUCUUGUGGCUGUAAGAAGUGACAGUAGAUUGUGUUCGUGUCACCCUAGCUUGGUCUACGUCUCUACCAAGAGAUACGAGAAAAAAAGUUUUUGUCCCUGUUCAUAGUGGUGCAUGUGACCUUUGCGCGGAUUCGACAUCAGUAGAAUAUGAUGCGCAAAAAAAAAAAAGAAA